AUGCUGGAGUUGCUUGUGAAAAUUCUCAGAAGCAACUCCAACAUAACCGGAGGGAGGGGCGAUCAAUAUUUUUUACCUUUGCCUUCGUGUCUGUCCCACCUCCCGUGCCCUCCCUCUCUUCCUCCUCCCCCCACUCCCCACUCGCUGCGUGGCAUGGGGUCGCAUGGGGCGGGGCGGGGGCAGCAGCGUGGAGUGGAGUGCAGAGGGCGUGCUGCGCAAGAAGCUCACCACACCACAUGCCAUCUCCCAGGUGCUGCGCUCAUGCCAUUUCUCAUGCCGUCUCCCAGUCCCCCGCCCUCCUCUUCUCCCCCUCCCUCCGCUCCGCCCAUCCGUGACAUGCACGAGAUGCCGCUGCCCUUCACCUGCUCGCGCCUCUGGCCGCUCCCCAUCGGCCUGCUGCUGCAGCCCCUGCCAUCCCAGCCGUCUCUGCCGUCUCAGCCAGCACACACACACGCCUUCCACCCAUCCACACCUCUCCCCACCCACCCCCUCGCCCCCUCCCCCGCCGCACCGUUUCCGCCCUCCCCUCCCUUUGCCUUCCCCAUCCCCGCUGCUGCCACUGCUCCCUUCCCCUCGCCCGCCUCCCCCAUUCCCUUCCUGGCUCUCUCCCCCCACACGCCUGCCAUCACCCCCUCCCUGCCUGCUCCUGCCACUGCCGCCACCGCCGGUGCUGGUGGGGCAGCUGGCGGGCAGGCAGGGCGGGCAGCGGGUGGCGCUAUGGGUGCUGCUGACUGGGCGGAUGGGGCAGUGGGUGGGGCGCACAUGGGGGGUGCUUUCAUGGAGGCAGGGUGCUUCACGCUCUCACAUGCUCAUGAGGAACUGCAGCCGGUGGGCAUGGAGGGCGGGCCGCCAUGGCAGCAGGGAGGAGGGGGCGAGGAGGUGCUCUGGUCGUCCACCGAGGUGCCGCUGCUCGCCACCUUCAACCACGCCCGCCGCCAGCACUCCGUGUGGCACCUGCGCUACCUCCCACACCGCUUCCUGCACCAAUCACCUGUCGCCACGUCAGCAGCAGAGCUGGACCCGCUACUUGCGGGGCUGAGCCCCGAGUCUCCAGCAACAGCUGCAGCUGCUGGGAGGGCGGGGGGGGUGAGGGCGGGGGGCCAGGAGGGUGUGGCGGCAGGGAGAGGAGGGGGUGUGGGUGGGGAUGCGGGCAUGGUGGGCGAUCUGAGGCUGCAGGCGGGGCGAGGGGAUGGUGGGGGCAGCGUGGGCAGUGGGGGAAGGCGGGGGAGGGGAGGCGUGACAGGCGUGGCAGCAACGGCGAAGCUGAGUCGCUUCGCGGGGGGUGGGGGGGACGGGUUGCCUGCUGGAGGGGUGGGGGUUAGAGCAGCAGCUGGACAGGAGGGAACCCUCCGGCAGAGCAUGGAGGGGCAGGCAAGGGGGGGAGGGGACAUUCGUUACUAUCCCCUCGACACAAGGGGAGCAGCAAUCGGCGGCACCUCUGAAGAAGUCGCCACCAGUCAGCCCAAAGAAGUGGCAACUCGAGGUGAGGACGAAGCUUCAGCACCCUAUCAAGGACCAGAAUUGCUCCCCGUGGCGUCCGACACAAGAACCUUCAGCGACUCCGAUGGCGUGAGAGGAACAAGUCUUGACGUUCUCCGCGCCGCAGCUGUACAAGUCCUCGCCACCAACGUAUCUGGAGCUCGCGAUAGAACACCAAGGACAAACGGAGGAAGGUUAGCACGGGAAGCAAUACCUUACGCAUGA